UUCAGAAACUCAAUCUUGUAUGUGAACCAGAUCUAUGUUUAGCCAUUCAUAAAUAUUUGAUGACAUCUCAAGAUAAAUGGCAGAUGCCUGGCUUAAAGUCAAUCUUCCAAUUAGCAUGGGGUAUUACUCUAAGGACUUUGUCUCAGUUUCCAGUUGGCUCUCUUGGUGGAAAAGUUGGGGAUUGUUUAGAAGAAGAUGAGCAGACUGUUGAUAUUGCCAUUGAAGAGGGUUCUUUUCAAGCUAUGAGGAACUUGAUUGUGAAAAGUUCUGUUUUUCAUGAACAAGAAUUCUUCUUGAAGCGAAUUCACAGUGUGAUUACAGACUUCAUUGUGCUAAUGCCCCUUAAAGUUAAGGAACUUCGAAAUCGUGGAGAUGAAACUGCAAGAAUUAUUGCAUCUUAUUCACAAGAGGGAUUAGAGCCACCAUCCAACUUACCAUUACAUUUUGAACAUUUAUUAAACUUAAUAACUGAUUUAUAUGCCAAAGAUCCUUUAAAAUUGGAAUUAGCCAUGGAAUAUUGGUGUCCAAGCGAAAGCCUGUUAGAGCAGUCUUAUCUUCAAAGACCAUCCCAAAGACAAAUUGCCUUGUACAAGUUUAUUCGCAUUGCUGGAGAUCUGUUACCACCUCCAUUAUUUGUGCCAUAUCACCAGAUGCUCACUAGUUUAUCUAAUUCACCAGGUUGUGCUCACAACUGCUUUUCCAUGUUAAAAAUGAAUGGUAGGAAUGGUAGCCAAAGCAGUAUUGUAUCAUGGGAUCAUUUCUUUGCAACACUUCAUCGUUAUUAUGGCAGUUUACAUGAAGAAGUACCAUCUGCAGUCAAUGUACAAUAUACUUACCCACAAAGAAUGCACACCAAAGGAAUUACACCACAAGAAGUGCAAGGACUUAUUGCUGUUCUACAGCUGAUAACUCAAGUUGUGAAGCUGGAUGAAAUUGCUCGUAUUACUUUAUCAGAAAAUCCACAGUAUGUGCCAACAGUUGUACUUCUUGGUCUUAUAACAUGUAGUAUUCCUGCCUCAUUGAAAGCUUCUAUAAUCAAUUGUUUAGCUGCGUUUGCAGCUUCUCCUGAUAUAGCUUCAAAUAUCUGGCAAGGCUUAGAAAUGACACAGGUCAUUCCAACUGUCAAAUCAAUAUCUGUUUACCAUCCUUCUGGAAUAUUGAUGGAAUUAGAAGAAGUUGAAACACGAAUGGAAGAAUAUCCUGUAACUCGUGCUAUGCUGACUUUACUUGAUGCUCUUUUGAAUCAUCCAUAUCCUACCAGACUAGGCUCAGGCACCCGUCAGCCAGGGAUUGAACCGUACUUGCAGUUUGUCAGGGACUCUGUUUUAUUGAGGUGUAAUUCUCGAUCUUACAAAACAGAAGGUGAAAAGUGGAAGAUUAUGGCAUUAUGCUUUAAGAUACUGGAGAAAGUUCUUAAAUCAUGUCGUUUCCAGUCUAGGAGUAACAGUAAUUUUAAUGUAGAAACUAAUAUAGGAGUUUCUAUUUUAUCACAAAUGCUGCAAGACAGUGGUCUGCUGAGGGUAGUUCUUCUCAUUCUGGAUGAAGGAAUGAGAGUUUUGGAUCAAUAUGCAUCAGUGCUAGGUCAAGCAAAUCUUCAAGAAUGUACUCUUAUUGCUUUAAAAUUAGUGCAUGCUACUUUAUCAAAACAAGAAGCUUUCCUUCAGCAAAUUCGAGACAGUGGUUGUGACCUUCUUGUCACAGCUCUAGACAACUUGCUAUUGAAUAUUAACCCAAGAAGUGGGCAAGCAGAUCAUUUGCUUGUGAUUGCCAAGUAUGUCACGUAUAAUGCUUUUAUACCUCAGCACAGCUUAUAUUCCAUAAGUAUAUUAUAUGCCUUGUGCUCAUCUAUUCAUAUAGCCCAACAUCUAGUCAGGGUUUUCGACAGCAAUAUAAAUGAAAGUGAAACUUUAUUAAAAGGCUUUGUUGAAAUACUUGAAAUUGAUGUUCCUGCUGAUGAUUAUGAAGAUGACAAAACCUUGCAAGCCAGAAGUAAAGCUCAGGAACAAUUACUACAACUGCUUUUGAAGUGCCUGAAACAUCCUGGUCCAAAUCUUUCACAUUAUUUGCUAGGUUUUAAUUUGCGAAAACCUAUUGCACAAACAGAAAUCCAAGAGCCUGGUGUGAUGGGAUCAAAGCGAACUUGCUUGCAUGCUGUUUUGUCAUUCUUAGAUUAUGGAAGUUACUCGGGAAAUUAUCCUUCAAAUAUAUACAAUUCACCACAUUCUGCUGAACUAGCUUACCAAUUGAUUUAUGUGCUUUGUACAAAUAAAGAUACAUCUGGUCCUACUUUACGAUAUUUGAGAUCUACCCAUGACUUUCUGUUCCGUCAUCUGCAGUUUUUACCAUUUAAACCAACAGGCGAACAUGUUGUUAAGUUAAUGUCACAACAGUCGUGGCUUUUGAGAAUUCUUGCAGUAGAGCUAAGAGUUACUUCUGCGCAUCAUCAAAGAUCACAUGUUCAUCGCCUUCUUAGCAGUCUUCUUGAUGACAAACCUCCUGUAGAGAGUGGUGCUGUUGAUGUUACAGAGCCAUCAUUUGGAUCAACUAGCAGGUCUUCCUAUUCAUUUAUGAAACCUACAACAGGUACCUUUCGCAGAAAAUUCAUGAAAAUUCUUGAUAGCAUACAGUUUCAUCAUAAGAUGCCCGAUGUUCCUCGUUGGGAUUACUUUGAAAAUGAAGAGGUUGAGCGUAUUUUGAAAGAAUGUGAAAUUAGAGAACCAGAUGGUCCUCGACUAAUUGAUGUUGAAGAAUUACAUAACAGAUUAGCUGAAGAAACUAUGGGGUUACAAGGUGCGUCAGUUAUUGGUCAGAGAACAAUUAUGAUGCAGGAAAUAUCAAAAGUUUUAGAGUAUGCCGUAAGCUGCAAUGAAGCACGAGAAGCUGUAUUUGCUAAAAGAUUGCUAUUUGAUGCAUGGAGACAAGUUACUGAAGUUUUGCUUAUUGCAUGCCCACUUGAAAUGUUAGGAAAUGAAAAAAAAGAUCAAAUGGUUCUUGAACUAUCCCAAGAACUGUUAUCAAAAGUAAUGUCUCCAAAUGUACUGCCAGAAUUAAUGCCUCCUGCAUCAGGAGUAAUUCUAACUCUGAUGUCAACACUUCGGCACAGCAUGGUUAAUGCAAUAUUGAAACCCAUACAUCAUACACCAGCUCUAACAAAUGGUUAUGCUUCAUUUGAGAAUAUAACUACGGAACCAUGUAUGAUUCCCCUGACUCAUCAUUCGUCUUUGUUGGUAGUCUUACGUGCUAUUGUAGAAUGCCUUCUUCAAACUGGUACUGGCUUGCAAAGAGUGAGGGCUAACUUCUAUAGCGCUUUUUUGAAUCUUCUUUGCAUUGUGCAGAAACCUAAUGACAUAGGAUCUUCUGAUCAAAGUAGUGUUGCUUCUAUGGUCCUGGAUCAAGAAUCGGAGACAAGGAAACUUCGGUCGGAGUACAUGGAAACAAUUCUCAGCUUUGGUGAAACUAUCAUGGAAAUCAUAUGUAGAGAUGCUUGUACAGGUCAUGAUAUCACAAAAAUGUUGGCAUUAGCUGUCCUUGAUGUUGCUGUCUCCUUAGAUAUCCAACAGCAGUGGCUAGCAUUUUUAGUAUCUAAGGGCUACAUGAGACAUAUCCUAGAUAGUUUGUCCAAAGAUGAUGAAGAAUUGCAAAAUCUCUUUAAUAGAAAUUCAAGUUCAUAUAGAAUUUUCUAUGUUUUUGAAUCCAAAAUGGCUUUACUUACAAGAAUCAGUUGUUAUACUAAUGGUGCAUUAGCCUUGUUAAGAAAUGGUGCUAUACACAGGCUGGCUGAAUGCAGAUCUCUAGACCUAAGACCUGAUUUGCCAAGUGAACUGAAGCAAGACAGUAGUAAUUGGAUACUUCCUGAUCUCUUGAAAUGCUAUCGACAAAUGUUUAUGGCAAUCAUGAAGUUAAUACUGUCUGUGACCAUGACCUUGGGUUCUAGUCACAGAGAAGCUACGUUACAGCUGUUAGAAUUUGUGGCUUGUAAUGGAGAGUUGUUUUCGCAUGUGAUACGAGAUCCAUCAAGUUUGCAAACUCUUGAAGCUUUAGAAGAGUUGAGUGUAAUAUCAGCUGUACUUUCACGUGCAAGUUUUGAUGAUCCCAGCACUCUAACAAGUGACACUUUUUUAAGUGAACAAAGGGGUCAUCUUCUUUUAUUAAGGCAGCAUAUGCUUAUGCUUAUACCUCGACUCAUGGCGAGUGAAAGUGCUGAAACAGUUAGCCAAAAUACAUCAAACCAGAACGAUCCCGAAACUGCUGUGCAUAUGAAAAUGUGCCGGCUGCAGAUUGCAUCACAUGUUCUAGGCUCAUGCUGUAGUAUUAUUACAAAAUCAGGAGUUGAUGCUCAGAAUUCUACAAUCCUCUUCAGUCCUCAUAUAGCUGAAGCUACAACCUCAGAUACUUUCCAUUUAACUGCAUCAAGUUUUCAGAAACGUCUUCCUCUGAGCAUUGGACGAGCUCCAGAUUUAGGACUUCUUAUCACUCUUUUAUAUCGUUCAGCCUCCGAGCUUCAGAUCAGCACAGAUGAGCAAAAGUUGCUCAUUCGCCGCUUACAGUCUCUUCCUACACUGACUAGUGAUGAAUUAGCUGAGUUUCUUCCCAUCGCCAUAAAGCAGGAUCAACCAACUGUUCAACAACAAAGAGAUAUAGCAAGAAAUUCCAUUCAGAAAUUGAUUAACUAUAAAACACAAGAAAUCUCUAUCCUUAGCUACAUGAUUGAAAGUUCAGCUUAUAUUUUACUACGACAUUUGGAAUAUUAUUUAUUAACUUCUAAGAAAGAUGAAUCUAUGUUCUCUUUCCCCAAUAAAUCUCAUGAACAAAUCCGUCGAUUACAAGAUACAAGUUCUUUGAGCCCAGAUGUUCAGAGAAACACAAUGAAGUCUUCAUUUCAAGAUGUAUCUAAACCUGUGUCUCAGAUUGAUUUGGAUAGCUUCAAAAGUGAUGUUCAGUCGGCACUAGGUGAACCUUUUUUUAGGAAGCUAAAAUCUGUUGAACAGUAUCUGGGUCAAGGAAGAAGUCAUGUGAGUUUUCUAGAAGCAAUAUCAAAUCGCUUGAAGAGAUUAGUUCACAUUCAAAUUAGAUGAGGUACAUGUACAUAGGUUGGAAAUUUAAGUUCCGUUAGAAAACAUUUAUUGCAGCAAAAGUAUUAUGCUUUGUAUUUCAUUGGAUUAGAAUUUCAUAUUUGUGAGAAAGAAGAAAAAUAGAUUCACUGCCUUGGAAAAUUUCACUAAAGUUUUGUACUGUAAAAAUAUAGUUUUAAAAAUGGCUUUGUAAUUUACUGUAAAAUAAAUAAUUUUUAAUGACAUAAAAAAAGAACUGGCUA